GUUUCGGCAUGCUCAUUAUGCUUUUUGUUACGAUUUUUUGUCCAGUUUCGGGUCUAUGAUCCAUUAUGCAGCCGUUGCAGUAGCGUUAGCUCAGAAGACGUGGGAUGCGUCCCUUUAAAGAUGUUAUCUGAGACACAGGAUUAGAACCAAGCCGAUCGCGGAGGGAAAAAGCCGUGGAGUUCAUUGUAAACAAGCCGGGAAAUCGUUAUCUGUGCAUAGCGCUUGGAUCCCCAUAUUGUGUCGAGUUGUGGAUUUCCAAUCAUUUUGUAUGCCCUAUUUAGAUCAGUAAAUGAUCGUGUGCGGCUCCCGCACACCUCAGUGUGAGCGUCAGAUCACAAACUAGUGUGUGAAGUAACAUUUGGAUUGAUUAGAAUUCGUUGAAAUGGCGAAAAUAUUAGGCAAAGAUCCGUUCAGUUAUCAGAAGGAAUACAACAGUUUCCUGCAGGACUUGAAGCGGUUCCACCAGAGUCGCGGGACUUUAUUUAAGCAAAUUCCACGGCUUUGUGGUAAAGAAGUGGACCUGUAUUUGUUGUACACGAAAGUCACUGCGUUGGGCGGCUGGGAAAAGGUGAAUGAUUCACUAAAAUGGGAGGAAAUUGUGGAACAUUUCCAUAUUCCCACAGGGACGACAAAUGGUGCUCAGGCCCUGAAACAGAUUUACAUGAGACACCUGGACUUGUAUGAGAAGGUAAACCACUUUGGCGAGGAUACGAACCGGCGUGAUGAUGACGAAGAUGAGGGGCAUGCUGCCCGAAAGAAGGCGGUCAGGGCCUUCAUGAAUAAAGUCCCCAUGUCAUAUAAUUACAGGCAACACAAUGUACCAGACCAAGUCCGAGCCAGCACUGGGUUGUCCAUGGAUUUUGCCCCACGCAGCGAAUAUGAAAAACUAGAAAAGUCUCUUCUGUCAGGUUUGCCCAAUGAGGUGGACUUUGCAAUAAAUGUGUGUACGCUGCUCUCUAAUGAAGGACGUCACGUUCUGAAGUUGGACCAGUCACAUCGCCUGAUAGAGCUGUUGAUGGCGCAAGUUGGAAUAUAUACGGAUGGACCAGGGUCAUAUAUCAAAUUCCAUGAAGAAUGGAGAAAAUUAACCGGAAGAAACUUUGUGAGGUUCUGGUGUGAUAGUGUAAGAGAUAAACAAGCCCAGGAUUUAGUGUCACCUUCUGCUGCUGUCCAUUUACAAGAUGCAGUUGCUUCGAGUAAAAUACCUGGAGAUGAUUUAGAGACCACCUACGAACUUGAUGCUGAAGUCAACGAACAUAUAUUUAACUUUGGCCGAGAACUUGGCAUUGCAGAUGUUGAAGGACAACGUAUCAUGCAGUUAGCGUCUAUUAUAAGGAAUUUAUCAUUUGAGGAAGAAAACCUUAUGCCGUUGGCAUCAAAUUUAUUAAUAUUUAGGUUCCUACUGCUGUGCACCUACAGUAAAUAUUCAUGUCUGAAACAAAUCGGCCUGGAUACACUAGGCAACGUAGCCAUCCAGAUGGUGCUUGAACCAAUCGAUUGCUGGACGACGCAGCUCAUCAUGAAGACGAUAUGCCGGUGUCUAGCAUCGCAGGACAAAUUUGACAUCGUAAGAGGCAUGGAGAUUCUUUCCAAGCUGAGCCAAGUGGACGAGAAUGAAGAUGUGAUUGCUGACCAUCUUGAGGAGAAGGCAUACGAAGAUAUCAUCAACACGUUGUCAGUCCUCGAUAUCCAGCUCAUCGUUCAUGCUCUUGAGGUCCUCUAUCAACUAUCAGAACUGGGAGAGAUUACCACGACGCACAUUGCUAUGGUUAGAUCAAGUGUUGACAUGCUAGUGCAACUGGUGACCAUUGAAGCCCAGUCGUACGGCCAGAAUGCUCUCUUCGGAGUGAAGGUGGUUGAACAUGCCCCGCCACCUAUGCAAGUCCAACAACAUCAACAGAUGGUGCCAAGUCACCGGCCGAUCAGCCACCAGCAACCUCCACAACAACUCCAUCAUCCUCCACCACAGCCGCAGUUCACAAUGCAGAGACAUGUGUCUCAGCAUCCUCCUCAACCAGGUCCACCUCAGCAGCAACAGCAGCAGCCACAACCACAGACACAGCCAAAUCUGCAACAGAACCAAGAUGCUGAGAGUGAGCAGUUUGCCUGUAACUGGCUGAAUGCCCACUUUGAGAGUAAGGCUGGAUUCCGUAUCCAGAGAGUCGAGCUGUAUGCCGCCUACCUCUCCAGCUGUAGCAAGAACCAAAUCACCAGAGUCAUCUCAACCAUGGACUUCACAAGAUGUUUGAAAAUGGUAUUCCCUGAUGUCGAGUGCGUCAAGAUUGAUAAACCUAAUGGAACAUCGGACAUUCAGUUCCUUGGGAUCAGGAGGCGACCAGUACCGAGACCAUUCCCAUUACCAGGUGAAAUGAUGAACCAGAGAGGACCCAUCGUCAAUCAACCACACCUGGCACCAUCACCACAGACGUCAUGCUCACCCCGUCCAAUAGCACCUCCACAGGGGCCGAUCAUGCCCCCUCUUAGUCCCUCCCCACACAGUCACAUGACGCCUCCAAUGUCACCGGCACAGAGAUACUCGUCGACGAUGCCUCCUCAGUCACCAUCACCUCAUCGGCCGCCAAGCACUUCAAGCUGUGACAGCCAGAGCCGACCGACAUCAGUCUUACAGCAGCAGCUGAACACGCCACCACAAGCAGCCUCUAUAAACCAACGUCAGCAACCACCACAAGGGAACUUUGCGUCAAUACAUCUAGCACUGAAUGGGCUUCAACGACCUAUGACGCCGCAGAGUCCGUCAUCUGUCUCUAGCUACCCCUCCUCAGCUCCCAGUCCAACUGCUCCAAAUGCAAAACCGACUGAUACCAAUAUGAUCAAAAGUCUUCUAGCAACUAAGGUGCACAACAUGCAGAUGCAGCGCAUAGCCCAGGCAGCACAGAGUAACCCUGUCAGUCGAAACAUUCUCCCUGCAAUCCAACCGCAGCCUGCAUUGGUGCCUGUCGGCCAACCUCCAGUCAGCUUCGCACAUCAGAUUCAGCCUCAUCCUCGGCAGAUACUACCUCGUCCUCUUCAAGGCCAGCCUAUAAACCAAGGGCAACCACAUUUAACCCAGGGACAAUCUAAUGUCAACCGAGCUCCAUCGGAACACCCAAAUCAAGGACCAGUAUCAAAACCUCCGCAAGCAAAUCUUCCUCAGGGUCAAGCAUACCCACCACGACCUGGUAUGAUGACACAAACGAUACAAGGGCAAGCUCCAGGGAUGUAUGGCCUGCCACAAGUGCAAUUCGGAGUGUUUCAACGGAAUAAACCACAGCACUUAGAAACUCCGACACAAGCUCCAGCAUCUAACGAGGACCAGACAUGCACAACAAAUGAAAACGAGGAUCCAAAAUCUCAGUCUGGUGUCGAAAAUGGCCCAGUGAAAUCUGAGGAUAGGAAAGUGGAUAAAAUGGAUGUGGACGAUGUACGGAUUAGUUCUAAUGAUUCAGUGCAAAAUAAUGUGGAUCAUAUUCCAACAACUGUUCUGCUGGAUAACGGUUUAGCGGAACAUGAGAGAACGUUAUCAGAAUCAGAUGUUAAACUCAACUGUGCAACGGAUACACAGUUUACAGGCAAUGAUCUCAAUGACAAGGAUAAGGAUAAGAAAAAUAAGGAUGGUGACAAGAAGAAAAAUCCUGCCAAAGACACGAAUGAAUCUCCGCAUCCAGUAAAUAGUUCUGGUAAUCCUCCAAAGUUAGUUAAUGGGUCUGUGUCGCAGAACGAAUACCGCAAAUUACCUCCUCAGUCUGACAUAUCAGUCCAGUCAACACAGGGUCUUAAAAAAUCAGAAGAAACAAAAGACACGCUUGGUCAGAAACCAGAUAAACUGGUCAAUGGUCUUGUAAAUCAUUUAGGAAAUGGUGAUAUUCUCUUGGAAGUUGAAAAACAGAAACCAGCAGUAGUUGCAACUAUUUUAGCCGAGGAUGUUCUCAAACCAAUUCUUAAGGAAGGCAGUAAGGACUUGAGCUUGAUGAUUGAGAGUAAUUGCAAAUCGAAAAGUGUUUCGAAUGAUGUAAGUUUGCAGAAUGGAUACCUCAGUGAUAUAGCCAGUCCAAGGCCUGCCGAGCAGGAGAAAGUAGGGGAUAGUGGCAUCUGCGUUGCAAAAACAAAUGGGAAUGGGAACAUUGGGUUAGAAGGUUCUGACACAGUUGAUGCUGCUUUGAACUCUACCUCUGUAGAGGAGACAAACGAGAUUAAAAAUCCCCAAACUAUUCCAUGCGCGCAGGAAACUAACGCACAAACACAAAGGACUAAUCAGCAAUCACAAUCAUCAAAUCCGCAUUUAGAAACCUCGAAUCCACAUUCAUCAAAUCCGCAUUUUAAAGUGACAAAUGUGUACUCAGAGGCAUCAAACUCCUCUAUAGAAACAACAAAUUCAUCGAUAGGAACAACUGACUCUAAACCUGUUGAAUCUAGUUUGAAACUCGAACAGUGUGGUGACGAGACACAAAAUGAAUUAGACUCUGUCAAAGUGAAGGAGGAGGAGGUUAUGGAUAUUGAUGCGAAUCCUCCAAGCAAUUCGUCAGUGGCCAGCAAACCUAGUUCUCUAGACAUGGUGUUGAAGGACAUUCAUGACAUUAUUGAGGAUAAAUCUGUAGAGGAGAUGCUUGGUGUUGAGUCGAAAUCUGCUGGCCCUCUUUAUUACAAUGAGAUUAAAAUAGGAGAGCUGGCCUCUAAUAUUAGAACUCAGGUUCUGCCCAUCAUUGGGCAGCCCCAAGUAAAAAUGGACAUUACAAGUGUGCCGUAUCCAAGCGUACAGUUCCAAGGUCAGUAUCAACAAGGGCCACCUGUAGGCAAUCCACAUCCGCAGAACAUUCCAACGCCGAAGUCACAAUCGUCUGGUGUCAAGCGAAAAGAUGACGAGAAAAUCGCCAAAAGUCGUAAGAAGACAAGAAGUCGAGCGAGCAGUACAGAGUCUCGUCGUUCGUCAACCCAGAGUGUCAUCAGUAGCGUGGGAACAGACUUCAUGUGUGAAUGGGCCAACUGCCGGAAGUGCUUUGAAAAUGCCAAAGAUGUGUUCCCUCAUGUAUACAAAGUCCACUUGAACCCAAAUGGUGCUGGAGUCUGUCAGUGGGACGUGUGUGAUAGAUUAGUCAGACAGAAGUUUUCUUUAUGUACCCAUGUACAGGAUCGCCAUUGCACGGAAGCAGCCUUGAAGGCAUCAUUAGCAAAAAGACAGCAAGCGGCACAGACGGGAGGUCAGCCACAGAUGUGUCCAACGCCACCUCCCCCUCCCAUCUAUCCUAAUGACGCAGCGAUACAGGCUAUCAGGAGAUUCUCUGCAAGGCCGCCAUAUCAGGAAUUAAUGGAACCAAAGGAAGGACCAGUCACAAAACAUAUACGUCUCACAUCUGCUUUAAUAUUAAGGAAUUUAGCGAGGUAUUCUGCUGCUGGAAGAAGUUUGAUCAAACGACAUGAGAAUCAGCUUGCAUACGUGUCACUUAGUUGUGUAGAAUCAUCGACUGCCAUCGCCAACUGCCUGUGGGAACUUCAUCAACAUCAUUAACCCAGGGACCAUGGGUCCGUACACCAUUCCACGGACCUCUCCAUCUCCCUGGUGCCACGCAAUCAUCGUAUGACUGCCAUGUUGAGUCUUGUACUGCCUUUGUAGAGUGCUGCCUGGUUCGAAGAUUGUCAAUGACUUCUGCCAAUAGUUGGCCCGAUAGUAAUAUAUAUAUGCUCGCCUGUCUUGUUGUGUUGGAAGACUUGUGCUCAGGACUUGGUGUUUGAAAAGAGUAAGCCUGAUCACACUGCUCUUAUUCUUGCUGUCAUCUUUAUUUUUUCACGUUCAUGAAUGUUCCUCAAGUAUAAUAACAGGACAAUCAGAAAAAAGAAAUUUUUGAUAGUCUUAACCUAGCUUUGCGGUGGAAACGGAGGUAACCAUUCGUACUUGUGAAAACCAGUAGCUAUACUGUUCAAAAAGUUAAAAUUAGAACUUACCGGGUAAAUGCUUUUGGGAAAUUGCCAUAAUUUAAUGAACUUUAGUAGAGGGCACUUUUGUUCUGAAAAGUAAUAAGUAGCCCACAUCUCUUCCGAUGCUGAUACUUUUGUUAGUCAUCUGAGUCAAGUUUCGUGGGUCUAUGAAAUCACCAUCACCCUGACUCAAUGAAACUUACCAGUUGAAAGUUUUUAACUGCUGUUCUGAUGCCAAUAAUGAUCGUUCCAAUCUCACACCUGAUAAGUUUAACUAUUGAAUAGUAAGUGAGUCUAAUUGUCCUGAUAUUUGCAUCAACCUGGCCUUUGAGUCACUUUUGUAUUUAUAGAACAACACCAUACCCAUUCAGAAGUUUAUUGUAAAGAUAAGUUGUGAAUAUAUGUAUUAUUAUUAAACUUUUAUUUAUUUUUGAGAUUUUUAUAGUAGAUUUACAUGUAGUUUCAAAAUUCCAUUUUCAAGUGUGGUCAUGUGUUUGGAAGAAACCAAGAUACAUUUUUAGUAGCAUUGCAUUAGUUUUGUAGGAGCCAGAUAUGCAUUGUCAAUUUUUGGAAGUAAAAUCUGGCUGGGAAGAACAGAAUUAGAUUGUCCUAACCAGUCGACCUCGUAAUAUGUGACAAUCAUUUCAAAAUGAAUCUAGAUGCGAGAUAUCAUAAAUGCAGUUGUGCCAGUACAGUCGAGGAAUUCAUAAGCAUCUUUAAUUUGGCAUUUUAAUAACUCAUAUAGUCAGUUCAUUGAGGAAAACCAGUAGUUCAGUUGUUCACACAAAUUCUUGUAAGAUGUGACAUUGGUAUACCCUGUCUUGGUCAGGUUUGUUGUGAUUUAGCAGUUUUCUCUACCUUACAACAAUAAUCAGAUUCAUUACUGAUGUUGUAUUAAUUUACUUUUUUUACUCCUGGACACAUUCAAAAAGGUUAAAAAGUUUGAUGAAAGAAUAAUGUAAUUGGAAUCAAUUGAUUUUUUGUCAUUUUAUAAGUAAAGUAAUUGACUUGAAAAGGGUAUCUUUAGAAUGCAGUUGUGAAUGUGUUGUCCAUUAUUGUGCUAAUGUUGUUGUGUUCACAGUAAUUUUCAAACUUUGUUUCUUGAUUAUAAGCCAAAGAACAGGUUCUAACUUGUCUGAGUGACGGGGUUGUUGGCCUUGUUCAUUCUCUCUGCGUUUCCUUCUUCUUCGAUGAUGGAGAAACUAUUUUUGUUUGUAAAAAUUGUUUCUGUUCUCUGCCACCAGUAUUGUAGUAAAAAUAUUACCAGCUGAAGACACAUUUUACAAGUUGCACUCGACGAACAAGGUGUCACAAACACAUUCGGCGUCUAUUUUCACUUGAAUGAAACCGAAUUGGUAAAAGCAUGUCAAAACCAAAUGCUGUUUUAACGUACCGACGUGAUUCAAUGUUUUUGUUGUGGCGUGACAUGUCUUCUACUUUUAUUCAUUGUUUGUUAUUACAACACACAAGGUGCUGGUCCACAUUUAUCAUGCUCUUUCUUUUUAUCUGUCGUUAACAUUACAAUGAACUUCUGUCCAUUCUGACUCGACGGGCUUCUUCCAGAAUGGGUGUUUUGUAGUUUAUCAAGAAGCGACUGUAUGGUUGCCAUUGAUUGUUUGGGGUAUGUGCAUUUCAUUGUUUUCAUAUCAUUGUUCAUCAUAUUUCAUACAUUUCACUAUUUCACUUGACAGAAAGUGAAUGCAGGACAGGCUCAGGUUUAUUCAGUUCAUCAAGAUUCUGACCAGAAAUUUUUUAACUGUCCCUGGAUUGACCUAGUAUAUCUGUUGUUUAUCAGCAAUUUUGGUUGAGAUUGCACAACCAGAUUCCCUUGUACAUGUAUCAACAUCAAGUUUUUUCCAAGGUAUUUUCGACCAAGUGAAAAGCUCAAUCACUUCGUAUUUUCCCCCUGUUUUGUGAACAGGCCACAAGCUUUCACCUGGUUGAAAAUGUUUGCUAACUUCAGUCCAAUCGACUUAAGACAUGGCCUUACUUUAGUUGAGGACUUGGCCUUAAUCUGGUGAAUGAUUGUUGUAUUUUUUUUGUAGUGAGUAGGUUAGAAAGUAUAUCGGGCUAGGGCACUUACCUAUUUUCUUGUGUAAAUUUCUGCCUUGGUAGUUCAGAGAUGUUAGCUCCAUUGAAAUAAACGCAUGUUUUUUGCAUCAAUUUUUUCAUAAUUUUCGUUUGGAGAUUGUUAGUAAGGUUGUCAAGUACAACCAUCAUUGAUAUCUUCUUUGCAUAACAACAUUUGGAGAGAGAAAACCCCUUCUGGAUACUUAUUUAAAAGUACAUGUCAGAUAAAAAUUGUCUCAUUCAGUAAAGGAAAUUAAACGUUUUUUGACUCCUAGGUCUUAGCAUCUCUGACACCAAAGGUAUUUUGACAUCUCUAGUCACAAGGCCUACAGAAAGCAUGGGUCAAGCAACUGUUGAGAGCAUGCAACUUGGAAAGGAAAGAUUUAGAAAAGUUAUCAUGCCGCAAAUCUGAUAGGAAGAUCACAGUAUGACUUGACAGAUUGUCUAGCAUGAUGAAACCAUGUCCUGUGAAGACUUGUGUCAGCAAAACCUAUUUAUCUCGUUCAUCGUCUAGAACCCCACGUCCCUUGGUCGAAGCAUUUUCCCCCAUCUCAUUCCCAUUUUCCUUGAUGCCUCUGGGGUAUCUAAAGACUAUUCUCUUGUGGAUAGUUCAGCUUUCCACAUCUGUACUGAUGGUUUGCUAUGGACAGUUUAAAACAUUUCACCAAAUAUUUUAAUUAUUUUAUAUGAUUUCGAAGUUUCUGCACUUUUGAUAUGCUGCACAAUAAUACAUUGUAGUGCAAAUCUAUUCUUUUUCGCACAACCUCUUACACUGUACAAGAAUUUGAUAUAAUCCUGUCGUCAUAGCACACCAUCUGUACUCUGAAAAUGAAGUAUCCAGUUGCUUGAUGAAGGCUGAGUUGUAAACAUAAUGUCAUGUUGUUGAAUAUGAAGAAAGCUUUAUAGGAUUUUGGGGAUUUUCAUGUUUGUUCACAAGUGUGGGAGUCGCCAAAUGAUUUGCAUGACCCUUGAAGAAUAAUGAUUUCUUACCAUUGCUAAGUUUAUUCCACCUUUUGAGACACCAAACUACAGUAAAGUAAAGAAUUUGAAAACUAUUAGUAUCAGUGCAUUAAAUAGUAUCAAGUGAAAUUAUUGAUUCAAGUUGUGAAACGAGAAAUGUAUUUAGGGGUGUGUAAGUGGGACUGUUUUCCGAUACAUAGUCAACUGAUGCACCAUUUCUUGUGUGUUUUGUCCAAAAUAUAAAUGAACAUUUGCCAUACUUGUAUGUGUCUUCAAUCUAAAUAAAUCAUUAAUUCGGAUAGGGUCAGAGUAGCAGGAGACAGAGAAUAUAUUAUUGUAAAUAUUCUAUUUCUAUACAAAGAUAAGAUAUUGAUGUUGAAUGUAAGAUAACUUUGUAAAUUUCUAGAAUUCACAUGGUUUAGCUUGUUGGCUGUGUUAUGGGUAAGGGAGUUGAUGGAUACCUUCGAACAUUAAACUACCCUGUAUGCACUGUAAAAAGUUCUCCACGGCCAGGACAUUUCACCCUAUUGGCAGAUAUUGGAGUAAAUUAUAAACUGAUGUUUGCUGUGCAUCGGAAUUGUAUCUAGCUUCAAUAUUUAUUGCUUAAACAUGAUGACAGUGAUACAGACUGUCUGAGCUUGAACUUAACGUAUAGUAGAACCUCUCUAUUAAGAACACACUUGGACUUACAAAUGCUGUUCUUAAUAAUGAGGUGUCUUGAUUACAGAGUUCAAAUUGAAUAGAAAUGGCCACUUAUGGACCAAAAUCAGUGUCGGUAACAGAGAGAUUGUCCUGCUUUACAGAGAUGUACUAAGAUCAAUCAAAUGUGCUGAUUGAUUUAUUUUUUUGAUUUUUUGCUGAGGAUUCAUGUUCAAAUGGUCGUACAUGUUGCUUAGCCAAGGCAUUAGAAUAGUCUGUGUCCUUUGGCUCCUACUUCCAUACUUGUGGUGGUAGGGCCUAGCAAGGCUUUAUAGGCAAUGCAUCUGAAGUCCAGUAAGGGGAUGAAGGGGUCACAUUAAACAAAUUAUACAUUCUCAUAUUGUAUGUAGUGAAAGUCAUAUUCUUCAUGUACAUGUAUAAACCAAGAGUCUCUGGCAUUGAUUUUGGCGGUCAGGGACGAUUCGUUUUUCUCUGUAAAUAUUUUUCACUAUAAUCAUUCACCAUUCAUGAGUCAUCAAAACUUCUCCAAGCUAUCCACUCACGAUCAGUCAUUCCAUGCGCAUCACCAAUGGACGUUUCUACACACAACAAGAAAUCUUUUAUAAGAAAAUCAGAAUAGAUGUAUUUGCGAAGGCAGUUCCACUAUGUAAUGUUUAUCUUUUCAAAUGCAAAAUGAAAUUGUCACAGGUUAUAAUAGUUGGUGGGAUUUUAGCUGACGCAUUUAUAGUUUUCUAUGUGGAAGACACCUUGUUUUCUUCAAUUACAAUGAAACCUUGUGAAAUUUAGAGUUAUAUUUAAAAAUAAAGAGAAGUAUGCAAAAUAA